AAGAAAAUGGCGGAAUCCAGUAUUUCGUGGUCUCAGUAUCACUUCAGCUGUUCAAUCUGUCUGGAUCUACUGAAGGGUCCAGUAACUAUACCCUGUGGACACAGUUACUGUAUGAGCUGUAUUUCAGGCUACUGGGAUCAGGAUGAGCAGAAGGGAGUCUACAGCUGCCCUCAGUGCAGACAGACCUUCACUCCAAGACCUGCUUUAGGGAAAAACACCAUGCUGGCUGAAGUGGUGGAGAAACUCAAGAAGACAAAACUACAAGCUGCUCGUCCUGCUCAGUGUUACUCUGAAUCUGCAGAUGUGGAGUGUGAUGUUUGUACUGGAGACAAAAAUAAAGCUGUUAAAUCCUGUCUGGUGUGUCUGAACUCUUACUGCCAGAAUCAUCUUGAACAACACGAGAGUUUCUUCAGAGGUAAAAGACACAAUCUGAUGGACGCCACUGGACGACUGCAGGAGAUGAUCUGCCCUCAACAUGAGAAACUACUGGAGAUUUUCUGUCGUACUGAUCAGUGCUGUAUUUGUUUGCUGUGUGUGGAUGAACACAAAAACCAUGAGAUCGUAUCAGCUGCAGCAGAGAGGACUGACAAACAGAGGCAGUUGAAGGAAACCCAGAGUAAACCUAAUCAAAGAAUCCAGAGGAAAUUAGAGGAGUGUGAGGAGCUGAGAGCGGCUGUAAAGUCUCACAAGCGCUCUGCACAGGCAGCAGUGGAGGACACUGAGAGGAUCUUUACUGACCUCAUCCGCUCCAUUGAGAGAAGCCGCUCUGAGGUGACGCAGCUGAUCAGAGAACAGGAAAAGGCUGCAGUGAGUGGAGCUGAAGUACGACUGGAGCUACUGGAGCAGGAGAUUGAUGAUCUGAGGAGGAGAGACGCUGAGCUGGAGCAGCUUUCACACACAGACCAUCACAUCCAUUUCCUCCAGAGUUUCCAGUCUCUCUCUGCUCCUGGAUCUACAGACUCAUCCAGCAUCACUGUCAGCUCUCGUCUCUCUUUUGAUGCUGUUGGUAAAUCUGUGUCUCGACUGAAAGAGAAACUGGAGCAGUUCUGUAGAGAGGAGAUAGAAAAGAUAUCAGUGAGAGACAUAACCAGCAUUCAAAAAUCUGAACUAAAGACCCGUGAGGAGUUCCUCCAGUAUCACCGUCAGCUCACUAUGGAUCCAAACACAGUGAAUAAAAACCUGUUCCUGUCUGGUGAGAACAGAGUGAUUGAACACACUUCUACAGACCAGCAGUAUCCUGAUCAUCCAGACAGAUUUGAUUGUUUUCUUCAGGUGUUGUGUAGAGAGAGUGUGUGUGGACGCAGUUACUGGGAGGUGGAGUGGAGUGGUGAUGUGGAAAUAUUAGUGGCUUAUAAGAGCAUCAGCAGGAAGGGACUGGGAAGUGAGUGUGGGUUUGGACAUAAUGAUCAGUCCUGGAGUUUGUCCUGCUCUGCAUCAAGAUGUUUAUUUUGGCACAAUAAAAAACAGACCAAACUGCCAGUUCUGUCCAGCUUGUCUAGAAUAGGAGUGUAUGUGGAUCACAGUGCAGGAACUCUGUCCUUCUACAGCGUCUCUGACACAAUGAGCCUCAUUCACAGAGUCCACACCACAUUCACUCAGCCGCUCUACCCUGGGUUCGGGAUAGAUUCAUUAUAUUCACGAUUUUCAGAAACCAAGCAAAAAAUAAAACUUAGUGAUCUGAAGAUGUAGAAGAUUCUGACAUGAAACUUUAUAUCAGGCAUUUUCUUCAUGAUGAUAAACCAGUAACUGUGAAACCUUUUUCUUUUCAUAAGUGCCCUCAGUUUUGAAAGACAAUUAUUACAGACAUUUUAUAAGCAUAUUACUUUGUUGACGAAUAUACAAUGGCUGGACAAAUGUUCUGAUUUCUACAGCAAUUCAUAUUUUCUUGAUCAGCUUCAGUAAGAAUAAAGUCCUCUGUAUAUUG